GAAAAUGAAGGGGAAUUGCCAGAUGAGAUUGAAGAACUUGUGGAGAGGAAAAUGAUGUUUGAAAUGGAAGUUUCAAAAUCUCAGGGUGCACUAUAUGAAGACAGUUUUAGUGUGUCCAAAGCUGCAUUCAUUGAUAAGCACUCCAAUAACACCCCAUCUACCCAAGAAUCAGUAUCCCAACCAAAUAAUAAAAUGGCAGACAUUGGAGGGGCAGGGAUAGCUGAACAUCUACAAGACAAGGGUGAAACAAGCAUCCAAGGAGACCAAAUUUCAAUUGUUGAUAGGCAGGAAGUAUUGGGGUGGGAUGACAGAAACAAGUUAAAGAGGGACCUCCUGAAUGAUUUUGAAAGUUGUGACCAAGAAAAUUUGAAAAGGCUCAAAAAAAACAAUCAAAGUUGAAAAGGAUUGAAAGCCAUUGUUGGAAAGUUGUUUGGGGCAGUGUUCUCAUUUUAAUCCAUUUUCAUAUUUCCAUUUACCAUGAGUGUAUGAAAUAAGUGCUCAAAAUAAUGAGGAAAGAUUUGUUUAAAGACUUUGAAAUUUCAAACAUUCCCUGACUUUUGGUUUCAGAUAUAAAAUGUGCAAACUUAAAAUGUUAUUUUAUAAUCAAUGUCCUGGCAGUGACAAUAAGUGUAACAGUUUAAUGAACAAUUUUAAAAAAUUUUGAGGCUUACAGUAAUUUGGUCCAAAAGCUAAUUGUGUGGACAAAACUGGUCAAGUGUUGCCACCCUUCUGACUUGAGAUGAAAAGAUUUCAAGAAUAGUAAACUACUAAUUUUAAAAGUUCAUAAUCAAAUUUGCAAACAUAA